AUGGACAAUCCACGCGCCUCUGAAGAGUCUCUCGCCGACGAUGAGAAAGCAACGAGCACCCACAUCCCCGACAUCAGGAAGAUAGACACCAUUGACACGCUUCAUCAAGAUGAAGCUCUCAAGGUGCUCGCUGCCUACACGGGCGACGAGUCAUGGACGCCAGAAGAAGAGAAGAAGUUGGUCCGAAGAAUUGACUUCAAGGUGCUGCCUCUACUUUGCCUGACGUAUGGCCUGCAAUACUACGAUAAAGCGAUGCUAUCACAAGCUGCCAUCUUCGGUCUUCGAGAUGACCUCCACCUCACGGAGGGCAACAGAUACUCCUUUUCCGCCGCUAUCUUCUACCUGGGCUUUAUUGUUGGCGCCUAUCCAGCCAUGACCCUGGCACAGAGGUUUCCCAUUGAACGUGUUGCCUCAGUUCUCGUUGUCGUAUGGGGAAUUUGUCUGAUACUGACACCAGCGUGCUUCAAUUUCCAAGCGCUGUUCGCGCAGCGUUUCUUUCUAGGUCUCCUGGAAAGCGGCAUUAGCCCUAUGUUCAUGCUCAUUGUCGGAGGAUGGUAUAAAAAGAACGAGCAAGCGCUACGCAUGGGUGUAUGGUACUGCUGGACCGGAUACGUCUCCAUCUUUUCCCCGCUCAUCAAUUACGGUCUGGGCCACAUCCACGGCACCCUAUCCCCCUGGAAGUACAUGUACCUAUUCGGCGGAUCAAUCACCAUCGUCUGGGGCGUCUUGGUGCUGUUCCUCCUCCCGUCCGACCCUAUCCGCGCGCGAGGCUUCGAUCCCCGCCAGAGAUACAUCGCGGUCGCCCGACUCCGCGUCAACAACGCCGGCGUGCGUAACACGCACUACAAGAAGUCCCAAGUUAUUGAGCUUCUCACAGACCUCAAGUUCUGGCUCAUGUUUUUCAUCGCCUUUCUGAGCAUGAUUGCCAACGGUCCCAUCUCAACCUUCACGCCCAUUAUCAUCAACUCAAUGGGCUUUGACACGCUGACCUCGCUGCUUCUGAUGAUGCCAUCUGGACUCUACGCAGGUAGCCUGAUGCUAGUAGCGCCUUACCUGGCCUACCGGUUUAAGAAUGUCCGCUCGUGGCUUGUGUGCGUGUGCGUCAUGAUGUCGACGGUUGCGGCGCUAUUGUUGCUGUUGCUGCCGUUCUCGAAGACGGGCGGGUUGCUUUUCGCUUGCUAUAUUCUGCCCUCUGUUGGAGGCGGAUAUGCUGUGCUCAUGGGGUUGCAGAUUGCGAAUAUAGCAGGGUACACAAAGCGCGCGGUCGCGUCGGCGGGGUUGUAUAUCGGAUACUGUCUCGGUAAUUUUGUGGGACCGCUCGUCUUCGAGGAGAAAGAUGCGCCCCGCUAUGUACCUGGUUUUAUCGUGGUCAUUGUGACAUCAUUUGUGUCAGGGCUGCUGGUUCUGGCUUACAGGUUUGUUUGUGAUCGUGACAACAAGCGGCGGGAUGCGGCGGGCACGAUGGAGGCAUUUGAUAAUGCGUAUCAGGAUGAUUUGACGGAUAUCACCAAUCCCGAGUUUCGCUAUAUCCUGUAG